UCCGGGCGGCGUCGGCAGCGGCGCGGGUGGCGGCAAGGCCGGGGCGGCAGGAGCCGGCGCGGCGACCGCAGCGAGAGCGGCGGGGACGGAGCAGACCACGACGAAGGCGCACAGGCAGCAGGGCCGGGCCGGGCCACGGGGACAGCGGCCGCCGGGAAGCGGGCGGGAGGCCGGGCGGGCAGCUGGGAGCUGCGGAGCGACAUGGUGCUGCUCAAGGAGUAUCGAGUCAUCCUGCCGGUGUCUGUAGAUGAGUACCAAGUAGGGCAGCUGUAUUCUGUGGCCGAGGCCAGUAAAAAUGAAACGGGUGGUGGUGAAGGCGUGGAGGUCCUGGUGAACGAGCCCUAUGAGAAGGAUGGCGAGAAAGGCCAGUACACACACAAGAUCUACCACUUACAGAGCAAAGUGCCCACGUUUGUUCGAAUGCUAGCCCCAGAGGGAGCCCUGAAUAUACAUGAAAAGGCAUGGAAUGCCUACCCUUACUGCAGAACUGUUAUUACGAAUGAAUACAUGAAAGAAGACUUUCUGAUUAAAAUUGAAACCUGGCACAAACCAGAUCUUGGCACCCAGGAGAAUGUGCACAAACUGGAGCCUGAGGCGUGGAAACAUGUGGAAGCCAUAUAUAUAGACAUUGCAGAUCGAAGCCAAGUACUUAGCAAGGAUUACAAGGCGGAGGAAGACCCAGCAAAAUUUAAAUCUAUCAAAACAGGCCGAGGACCCUUGGGCCCGAAUUGGAAGCAAGAACUUGUAAACCAGAAAGACUGCCCAUACAUGUGUGCAUACAAACUGGUUACUGUCAAGUUUAAGUGGUGGGGCCUGCAGAACAAAGUAGAAAACUUUAUACAUAAGCAAGAAAGGCGUCUGUUUACAAACUUCCACAGGCAGCUGUUCUGUUGGCUCGAUAAGUGGGUUGACCUGACCAUGGACGACAUCCGAAGGAUGGAAGAAGAGACGAAGAGACAGCUGGAUGAGAUGAGACAAAAGGACCCAGUGAAAGGAAUGACCGCGGAUGACUAAAGCCACCCCUCUCCCUUCUGCACUUUUUGCAAGACAGUGGUCAACAGGAAGGCCCAGCAGCUCCACCCUCCCGAGUGACAGGCCAUCUUCGGACGCAGCCUUUAUCUGUGCCCAUUCUUCAGGCAACUUUCGAUCCCUUACUGUAGCUAAUUCUAGAUGCCCUUCAAUAUUGUGAACAAAUAGACCGUCUGGUAUUACGAAGCCCGCGUGUACGGGAGACUGCUCCUCUGAGAUACAUGGCCUGUAGGUUGCUGUGUUUACAGCUCCUCCCUCUGCAGCCAUUGUGUUCUCAGCCCAUUUCUGUGUGCCCCUCCCUUUAUUUCCAAGUGACAUUUUUAGUCUUUCAAAAUAGCUGCCUUUUGUGAUGUGGUGAUUGAAAUGAUUUAAGUUUGUUUGUUUUCAACCUUGGGAUAAACUGAGGUAUUUUGCUUCCUGGGCAGAUCUUUGCAAAUUUGAGUGCUCCCCUGGGGAGAGGAGAUGAGUUGGAAAUACAGUUUUUUCCUCCAUUUCCACAGAACAGCAGUGUGGCUUCCUAACUGUGAUCUCUGUUCUCAGCAUCCCCAUUGCUCGUGCACUAUAGGCACCAAGGAAGUGCCCAGGGCCCAGCCAGUCUGUUUUAAAAAGUCAACAAAUUCAAAUAACCUCUGCCCCAGGCAUUGCAUCUCCCGGUCACUAGUCUUAGAAACACCUAUGGCUUCUCGGCCCUCCUGUUGCCCGAUCUGUCUGGACCUCGCAGAGCCCACAAUACACCCUGGUCCGCUCUCCACCUGGAGGGACCCGUCCGGUGUGGCCCUUAGAAUUAAGUCUGCCCUGUGUGUACUAAUUAGUCUGCCCGCCCCACUGAGGAGCUCUCUAUGUCCACGCUCCUCUUCCCUUUUGGGCUGGUGCUGCCACUCAGCAAUAAUCCUCUUUUCUCUGUGCUUUCUCAGAUUCCUGUCCUCUGUCUUUUGAGGUUGGUCAGGACACAAGGGUCCCGAUCUUUUCAUGCUGCACAAAACGAGCAUGCAAAAAGCUUUUCCCCAGCAGAACAUGUUCCCUCUUGUCUCCAGUGGCUGGAAAGGAAUUUGGGGAUCAGGAACUCAGCUCAUCCCGCCCCCAUGCUGAGUUCUGUCCUGGACAAUCAAAAGCAAGUAGUGAUCAUGGUAUGGAGCUCUGCCACAGUAGGCCGGUGAAUAAGUCCAGACUCCAAGGGAGGUAGAGGCUGCUAAGUGCUUCGUAGUCUUGUACGACUUGGCAGAACCCAAGUGCGCCUUCCCGGUGGGAGAAUCCGAGAUAGCUGUGGUGUCAUCCGACAUCCGCCUUGUGAGGUAUGUGUUAGCCAGGCGUGUUGUGACCCAAGCCCACGCCAGCCCAGGUGUGGCGGCGGAAUAAGAGACCAAAUCUGUGUUGGGGGAGCAAGAAGUAGGAUGGGAUCAUUUAUCCUUAUGUUCUUGUCAGUUUGUUUUGCCUUACUCAUCUCUAAGUGCAAUAAGGGAGUGUUGCACAGGAUUGCACCCGUGACAUCCUGAUGCAUGCUUCCCUGUGGCCCUGCUGGGGCAACAGUGGACAGACUGAGACCCCUCAGUGUGGCUGGCUCCCACCUUCAUUGAGGCCUCUUUGGGACCAGGAAACGUCCUGUUGCACCUUCCUGUCAGUCUUCUCAUCUUGCAGGGUCUACAGUAAUGGAUCUGGGGCAGUUCAGUUGGCUAUUAGGAUCCCGACUGCUGGUAGCUUCUAUUUGACUGGGAAAGCGAAGCAUUCCUACUGGAGAAAAAUGUAAAUGUUUCCCUACAAGCUCUGUAUUAGCUAUAAUUAUAUUUGUGCUUCAAGUUCUCCCUUCCUCACUCAUCCACUAAGUCCAGCUGUGGGUUUUCCUGGGAGAAACGAACCAUGAUGUUCAAAGCAGACAGGCGGUUUGAGGGUCAGCAGAUGGUAGUCUCCUUGCUUCAGCUCUUCUCGCAGAUCCACACAUAUCACUCCAACUCCGGUGGGGGCUCGCUCUUUCUCUGGCUUUUCUCUGGCUCCUCCCACCUCCACCUGUUGCCCCAGUCUGAAAGCAUCCACAUGAGCUGAGCUAGAAUUUCCCGAGGUCAGCUGGAUCUGGGGCUCCAACCCACAGAAACAUAAUGAGGGGUUUCCCUGGUCUGUUCUAUCCCCACGGAUAGUGUUGCUGCUGGGCAACAGUGUUGGCUUUUAAGUACCCCCCUGACCCUCUCACCCACCCCCCAGACUGACUAGCAACCAGAGGGGCUUCUGAUGCAAGGCUCGGCUCCAGGAACAGCACCUGAGGGCGUGCCAUGCCCCUGCAGACUAGCUGCUUCCAUUAGAUUUCCAGGGUCGCAGUCCCAGUUUGAAGCAGCAGUGCCUCUGUUAAGGGGGGAUGCAGGACUCUGGCCUUCUCACGGAGAGAGGUCAGGGACGGGGUCAGUAUUGUGGGCAUGUGUGUAUCUUCCCAAGUUCUCUUACAGUCCCUGCUGGGACUCCCUGACUUAUUUUGGUUGGUUCCUAGUGCUACUUUUACAAAAUACACUUUGUAGAACUGAUUAGAUUACCUUUAUUUAAUGUGAGUUUGUGCCUUUUUGUCUCAAUCUUCCGAAACAGGUAUAUUGGGGGGGAAAGCAGUCUAAUAAAAUCCUAGACAGAG